AUGCUUACUUCCGACCUCCAUGGACGGUUUAUUGUCGCUUCAAAGCUCAAUAACGGUGUUCUCGCGCGCUUGGUCGGCGAGUUCAAGCAUCAGCCUUUGGAGGGCUUGAAGGAGUACAUCAAGAAAUACGGUGACCAGACCGCUCAACUGUUUCUGAAAUGGACAGACGAAGGCAUCAGGGGUUAUGCAAUCGUCCACAUCAUUCUUCUUGGGAUGUGCAUGGGGUCUGAAGCGCUGGUUCACUAUGAAAAUAACGGUACUCCCUGGAUUCUGGGCAGCAAGAAUCAACAAGACACCAUGCUAGCCAGGUCGCGCCCGGGUGAACCCUCCCAAUUCCCAUCCGAUCUAGGUGACGAGUUCUGGUUCAGUGGUCUUAGGUAA